GGACUGAAAGACAUCACUGAACUUCUCUUAGAAAAUAAAGCUGAUAUCAACAAGUGUGAUACUUCAGGCAGAAAUGCUCUUCAUGUUCUCAUGUUCAGUCAGUCCAAUGAUAAUGAGAUCCAACCAAUGCUCACUUUACUUCUCCAGAAAGGGAUUGAUGUGAACGUACAGAUGAAUGAUGGAACAACAUCUUUGAUGCUUGCUGUGCAGAGGAAGUGGGAGCAGACAGUAGAAAAACUUUUAGACAAUGGUGCUGAUGUUAACAUCGCAAAAACAGACGGAGUGUUAGCUCUUCAUUUUGGAAUUGAAUUUUGUUCUGAUGAAGCAAGCAAACCUUCAGAUGAAAAUGUAUGUGAGGAAAGUCUAGCUGCUGUCUCACCUGAACAACUCUGUAUCAUGAAGAAGAUUUUGGACCUUACUGACAAUACACUUAUCAUUCCAAAGUCAGCAGAAGCAAUCAAGUACAGUCUUUACCACUUGGCAGUUGAAUGGGACAAAUUCAACUGCCUGAAAUUACUUCUAGAAGCAAAUAUCCCUCCAGAUGCUUUUCUUCAAGAAACGAGUAAUGCCGUGUUGGAUGAGGCUGACGUUAGUCUUUUCCGUCAAGUUCCGCUAGUUCUCCCUCUGGAAAUUAAUGUUGACACCCCACUUGGAUUUCUUCUAUCAAAACCUUUCACAAGAGAGAGAAUAGAUACAGCAAAGUUAAUGAUCCACAAAGGAUGUUCAGUUAAUGCAGUAAAUAAAAAGACUUUACCUCCUCUGGUAGCUGUAGUAAAACAUCAGCGAGCUGUUUAUAGCAACAAUGACUUGGGGUGUGAAAUACUUGAGUUCCUUUUGGAACAUGGGAGCAAUAUUAUGUAUAAAAUAAGAGACUGUGAUAUUCUUCCAGUAACACUGUAUGUUGCAUCUUUAUUUAAUGUCGCUGCCUUGUUCAAGAUUCUGCAGCAUGGAGUUCCUGUUUCUCGGGUAUUCACUUAUGCAGCUCUGCAAGCACUUAGUCUACAUUACAGAUCAUCUUCAUUUUACACCAUAUAUCCAUUAUUUCCAUGGAGAGUCAUAUCCUGGCUCCAUACUGUUAACUUAUUUUUGCCACAAUUCAGCCUUGACACAGAUAUGUUAUUUGACCAGCAUAGAAUGGUAGAUGAUGAAAAUUUGUCAAAUGCUUGGAAAAACUUCAGCAAAACUAUUGGUUCCCCUAAAAGUUUGCAACAACUGUGUGUUUUAGCUGUCAGAGAGGCAGUUGGUACUGCAAAAGGUUGGCCUCGGCUGAUACACUUUCUGAAACAGUUAGAAUUCAUGAAUGCUCCACUCCCACCAAUAAUUAUGGACCUUUUAUUAUUUACGCAGGUAUGAUUGUUUAAACCUUAAUAUGUGCUUGAAUAUUUUAACCCAUUGGAU